AUGGCGAUGGAUGCCACAAGGAGCCAGGCCCAGAUAGCCUUGAAUCUGGCGGAGCAGAUCCUGGCAGAGUUCCAGCUGCAGGAGGAGGACUUGAAGAAGGUGAUGAGGCGGAUGCGGAAGGAGAUGGACCGAGGCCUGAGGCUGGAGACCCAUGAGGAGGCCACUGUGAAGAUGCUGCCCACCUACGUGCGUUCCACCCCAGAAGGCUCAGAAGUCGGGGACUUCCUCUCCCUGGACCUGGGCGGCACCAACUUCAGGGUGAUGCUGGUGAAGGUGGGGGAGGGCGAGGCGGGGCAGUGGAGUGUGAAAACUAAGCACCAGAUGUACUCCAUCCCUGAGGACGCCAUGACGGGCACCGCCGAGAUGCUCUUUGACUACAUCUCUGAGUGCAUCUCCGACUUCCUGGACAAGCACCAGAUGAAGCACAAGAAGCUGCCCCUGGGCUUCACCUUCUCCUUUCCCGUGAGGCACGAAGACAUCGACAAGGGCAUCCUUCUCAACUGGACCAAGGGCUUCAAGGCCUCGGGGGCAGAAGGGAACAACAUCGUGGGGCUCUUGCGAGACGCCAUCAAACGGAGAGGGGACUUUGAGAUGGACGUGGUGGCGAUGGUGAAUGACACCGUGGCCACAAUGAUCUCCUGCUACUACGAAGACCGCCGGUGUGAGGUUGGCAUGAUUGUGGGCACAGGCUGCAACGCCUGCUACAUGGAGGAGAUGCAGAACGUGGAGCUGGUGGAAGGGGACGAGGGCCGCAUGUGUGUCAACACCGAGUGGGGCGCCUUCGGGGACGCGGGCGAGCUGGACGAGUUCCUGCUGGAGUACGACCGCGUGGUGGAUGAGAACUCCCUGAACCCCGGCCAGCAGCUGUACGAGAAGCUCAUCGGCGGCAAGUACAUGGGCGAGCUGGUGCGGCUCGUGCUGCUGAAGCUCGUGGACGAGAACCUGCUCUUCCACGGCGAGGCCUCGGAGCAGCUGCGCACGCGCGGCGCCUUCGAGACACGCUUGGUGUCGCAAGUGGAGAGCGACUCGGGCGACCGCAAGCAGAUCUACAACAUCCUGAGCACGCUGGGGCUGAGGCCCUCGGCCACCGACUGCGACCUCGUGCGCCGCGCCUGUGAGAGCGUGUCCACGCGCGCCGCGCACAUGUGCUCCGCGGGGCUGGCGGCCGUCAUCAACCGCAUGCGCGAGAGCCGCAGCGAGGACGUGAUGCGCAUCACCGUGGGCGUGGACGGCUCGGUGUACAAGCUGCAUCCCAGCUUCAAGGAGCGGUUCCACGCCAGCGUGCGCAGGCUGACGCCCAACUGCGAGAUCACCUUCAUCGAGUCGGAGGAGGGCAGCGGCCGGGGAGCGGCCCUAAUCUCCGCGGUGGCCUGUAAGAAGGCCUGCAUGCUGGUCCAGUGAGAACGGAGGCCGCUAGGCAAGGAGGAGGCUGUGGCCGGCUGCUAGACCUGGGCUCUGGGGGACAUGCUCACCACGGAUGCUCCCCACCUGGCAGAGUCAAGAGGCCUCUCCUUGUAAGGACCAUGGAUGCCUCUCAACUCCCCUGCUACCCCGGAAGAUGGGGAAAGGCCUGUGGGGGGAAUGCGGGGGUUCGUGGAAGGCCUCUUCUCUCAGAGUCAGUUGGUGGGACAGCCCUACGGCCCUGACUGGGUUGGGGGCUGGAUGAGCAGGAAUGGAGACCCCCAAGUCCCUUGCCUUACUUGUUGGAAUCAAGGACCCAGAAGGAGUUGGUCACUCAGGACUUUGUUGCAUUUCUGCACUGCCUGCCUCGUGGAGCUUUCAGCCUGGCUGUGGGAAGGGGGUGCCUUCUGCUGUGGCCUGGCUUCCCUGGGAACUUAGCCCAAAUUGGGAGGC